GUUUCGCCAAGCACCUCCUGCUGGGUCGCUUCCCGAAGCGGAAGUCCGGCCCGGUGGAUCCGCUGGGCGCCGCAGAUGUCGCAGAUGUCGCGGAUGCCAGUGCUGAGGCGGAUGACGAGGAGAAGUUUCUGCCUGAAGGGGAGACUGAUGGCAUGGAAGAUGUCUCUGCCAGUGAAAAUCAGGCCGUCUCCAACCCGCGUGGCGUGCCACGCCGCGUUGUUCCCUCCACUUCCGCAGCGGCGCAGCGUGCCGCGCGCGCGCGAGCGCGGGCCUUGCGGCCGCCGCGGGUGGUCCGGAUCAAACGUAUCCUUCAGAAAGAGCCGGACGUGAG